AAAAGGAAAAAGAAAAGGCUCUCAAUGGAAUUCUCAAUACUUGCGAUUUAAGGCUCGCAAAAGAACAGCUCCAGCUAAAGGGCCACAGAUUACGACUUCCACUGAACUACUGGACCUCAAAUCUUUACUCCCCAUCGCUCAUUUUCUUUUUUUCCCGAUAGAUCUUUCCGUCUUCGCUUCACUCUGCACCUUCAUCACUCUUCUGAUUGCAAAAUCCAGUGAUUUUCCAGAUCUGGGAGAACUGAGUUUUGUUUAUGAAUCUGGAAUUUGCAAAUUCGUCUUCUGAGUUGGAUUUGUUCCUUUUUUAGUCUAAUGAUUGUAUGUUUGUGUCCUUAUGGUAAUUUUGAUGAACUGUUCUUCAAAUUUGUGUUGCUUGUGAUAUUGAACUCAGGUGAUUGCAAUGAGUGGUGGAGUAGCUGAUAAUGCGCCUUUAGAUUAUGCCAGGAUUCAGCUCAUACCUUCUGAGAACAGGUACGAGGCAUUUGUUUGCUGUGGCAAUGAGGUAGAUGCCCUGGCUGAGGGGAAUUUGGAUGCAUUGUUGCUGCAUUUACCAGAAGUUCAAGAGCUUAAUUCCAAAGGAUCUAAGGCUAGCAUUAAACUCCAACUUCCAGCUUCUUCAGCUGGUGCAACAUGGUUCACAAAAUCUACCUUAAGCAGGUUCCUCCAUGUAGUUGGCUCGCCCGAAUUAACCAAUAUUAUGAAAACAAUGAAUGAGAUGGCUCAACUAGAAGAUACCAAGAGAUUUCAUCUUUCAUUAUAUGGCCAGGGUCAGAUGUCGAAGACCAAAGAAAAAGAUGGCUGCGACCUCGAUGGCUCUAGUCUGAAACACGGGUCUGGACCUGAAUUUGCUUCAUCAGCUGCAUCGAAAAACGAAUUGUUGCGAGCUAUGGACUUGAGGCUUACAGCAUUAAAUAAGGAAUUAACUGCAGCAUUUGAAAAGGCUUACGGUGCAACCUGCAGUUCUAAAGAAAUCAGUCAUUUAGCGAAGUUUUCGGAACAUUUUGGAGCUAUAAAUUUGAAGAAUUGUACAUACAAAUAUUUGGAACUUAAUCCGAAGAGUGAUACCGUCGAGCUCAUUAAUGAUGAUGAUAAUAAGCACACCGUUACUUUGAAUUUGAGCAACGAAAAUGCUAUUAGUAUAAAUGGCAGCCUUAAAGCUGAAAGAUCAAAUUCAUCUACUCCAGUGAAAUAUGGUGUUUCACCUGCAAAAGUUGCCCAGAUUGAGCGACAGGAUUCAUCAGAAACUGAGGAGUCUUCUGACUCUGAUAAUGAAAAUGGGACACCAGCAGAAAGAAGUAGAACAAUGGUACGGUCAGCGCUUUCGAGAAGGUCAGCAUCACCCAUGAGAAGGGUUCAGAUAGGUAGAACGGGCUCCCGCCGAGCACCUGCAAUAAUGAUUAGGAGUCUAAAUCAUCUGCAAACAAGAGACGGUAUGUAUACUCAAGGAGAUGUAGCAGCUAAUAGUGGUGAUGAUGAGGAAGGAUCAGAACCUUCCUGUAAAGCAGCUGAUAACAAUGUUGGUAGAAUAUCGGUUCAGGCUGCAAUCAGUCUUUUUGAAAGCAAACAGAGAAACGACCCAUCCGAGGUUCAGAAAAGAAGAUCAUUAGCAAAUAUAACCGUUGGUGCAAAUAAAUUUGUAUUGAGAAGAUGGAGUACAGGCAUGGGAGAGGCUUCUACGAAAUGCCAGCCAGAGCUUGUUAGUGACGAAUCCGAUCCAAUUAGUCAUGAUUUGGCUGAAGAGGCUCCGACGAGUAAGAUAACAGAGGAAGUGGGAUCUGAAAAUAAUAUAUCUUCAAUCGAUAUGACUGCUGAAGUUGAAGUGAAAUUAGAAGAUUCAGACAUAAAAGUUUCUGGUCCACCAGAGACUCGUGCAGAUUCUCCUGUUAGUAAACCGCAGGAAGUUGUCCAAAAACUUUCCGCAAAUUCAGAAUGGACCCGUAGAAAGGAAGCAGAAUUGGACCAAAUGCUUAAAAAAGUGAUGGAAAGUAAGCUUGUGGCACAAAAGAAUUCUCAAGCAAAUCGAAAAAAAGAUGUCAAUUCUGAGCAGAGGGGUGAAUUGUAUGAUCAAUACAAAGCAAAGAGAGAUGAAAAACGUAGAGCAGAGGAAGCCAAAGUACAUACAAAUAAAGAGGCAAAAAUUAAGGGAAUUCGUCGAGUUGCUGAUGAUAGGAGAUCCAAGAUAGCCUCUACUGAAAAUGUAACAAAAAAACGUGCCACACGUAAGCCUGAAGUUCCAUCAGCAAAUUUGUCGAAACCAGAAAAACCGAAGAAGGAAAUCUCCAAACCAUCCACAGUUGAAAAGAUACCAUCUAGAACAAAACCAAUGGCUGCUACACGUAAGUCAUGGCCAUCUUCUGCAUCAGAAAGAACCACUGGGAUUUCUCCAGCCAGCGUGAAUGCAACUCGUCAGAAAGCCCAACCGGUGUCAUCCCUUAAUCGACUGAGUGCUAAAAUGGAAAGAUCAUCCCCCGUGCAAAAGAAAAAUGUGAAGGAAAAUAAUGAUAGUGCAAGGGACACGAGGCGUGUGAAUGAAAAGAAGGAAAUAUUGCAAGCAAAGAUGGGAAAAAUAACAAAAGCGAAAGUUACACCUGCUGGGGAUACCUCUGUUCCUGUGAAGUCGAGCAUACGCGACAAGGUAGCCAAAAAAAGCAGCAUAGUGCCAGUAGAAUCAAAGUCCUUUCAUAAGGGCUCUAGAAAUAGCUUAGACAAUAGUAGUCCAGUGAUUAGCAAGACAAAAUCUUCAAAACUUUCUAAGUCUGCAGAUUCUUCUAAGAAUAGCAAAAAAUUGACUCGUGAUCAAGAAUUGGAGGUUACAGUUCCUGAUCUGGCCAGUCAACCCGAUAAAGAGGAUGUUUCGUUGGCAGCACUUUGCGAAUCCGAAACUGUUGUGAAUGGUCAACAGGAUAGCGAGAUGCAGACUGUAGAUAUAGCUGAUGAUGCUCAUCUUGGUGAGGAUCUACUUCAAAAAAAUGAAGAGAAAUCUUCUUUAGAAAUUAUAGUUGAAGGAGAAUCAAUGAUCCCACUGAAGUCCACGGAGGAAAUAGAAGAGUUUCAAAAGAUAACAGCCAAUAGUGAUGACACACCUCAACUUGCAUCACUGGAAAAUGCUGUACCAAUCGAAAAUCCCCGUGUUCGUCUCUCUUUGUCUCAGAUGCUACAGGAAGAAAAUAGUGAACCUGAUAAUAUUGAUUGGGGAAUUGCAGAAAAUCCUCCCACGAUGAACUACCAAAGGGGUGCUCCAAAAGGAUUUAAGAGACUCCUAAAGUUUGCAAGGAAAAGCAAGGGAGAAGCAAACCUGGCCGGUUGGUCGAGCCCUUCUGUGGUUUCUGAGGGGGAGGAUGAUUCUGAGGAAUCUAAAUCUCUGAGCACGAAAAAGGCAGACAAUCUAUUGAUGAAAGCUACACAUAACUCUGGUCUUGUAAAGGCUUCUCUGGACAAAAACUUUGACCAUGAAAAACUAUACUCAGGUACAUAUGGUGGACAGAAUUUUAAUUCCAAGUUUCAAGAAAGCCAUGAUCAUGCUGCAGUUUCUUCAACUAAAGUAGGCAGGUCUUUCUUUUCGCUAUCUGCUUUUCGGGGCAGUAAAUAGAAAGAAUGAGCAAGUUUUGGGACAUAUCGUUCUCUGCCACAUUUUCUUCAAGGUGAAUAUUGUGAAAGCUGCUUCCCUUCUCUUCAUACUACAGAAUUUGUAAUGUAUCUCUCCCUGAACAUAAAUAUUGACUAACAGUUAGUAUUCUUUCACUUACUUUGCCAUGGAUGUAAGAUUCAAUAGCUUUGCUAAGCAUUUUGUUCUUCAGUUCUUGUGGACAAACUGAGUAUAUACUGAACACUGAAGCUGAAUUCUGGCAGGAUAGGAUACCACAGUCACUUGGUAGCUGGACAUAUUACUAACAUCCCAGCUAUCCAUGUUGUACUGUGAUAGCCGAAAGUUUAUUGUUUAAAACAAUACUAAGUUUUGGAGAUUUUCUAUUUGUUUUGUUUUCAAAACUGUCAUAAGUACUGUGAUUUCAGGUGAUUUGUAAAGAUAAAGUCAUUAUCAAUAGGAUUUGUGAUUUGGAAGGAAAA